AUGGGCAUCUGCUCUUCCUGUCUCGGUCGCCGAGAUGACUCGGACGAGGGUCAGCGACAGCGACUCCUUGCCGACGAUCCAUACGCACAAACUCACCACAACUACAACACAUGGCAUCAGCCACCACCAUCGCAACCUAACGCUUUGAACCCAGAUGAACAGAAACGCGAGCAGCAGGCCAUGCACGACAUAAUGCGAUGGGCCAGCGAUCAAAUAGUCGAGAUCUUUCCCGCAAAUGCUCGUCAACAGCAACAGCAGGCCAUCAAUCUGAACAACUCAGUGGUGAACCUCUCUCAAACUGACGGAACGGGCGCAAACGGUUUGAUGAGCUCGCAACACCAAGAUAUUCUGCUCUCCAUGAUUCCAGGAGACAAAUCCAAAAGAUCGAUAAGGAUAUACCCUGCUAGCAGACCGGGCACGGGAGAUGCACAGUCUAUCAGGAGUAAAGCCAGUCAUACAAAACUCAACGGCUCAACUCGAGGCGCAAAAGGAAGAGAAGGAGUUUUCGUCAGACUUAACGUUGAUUUGCCCUAA